AUGAUGAUGUUCUCCCGACCGAUUCCGGCCACGGUGGCUAAUCUCAUUGAGACUAGCCAAAUGCGCAGGAGAUAUAGUGCAGCGCGUGCACGCGCAGACACAAGUGCACUCUCUAUUCCUGUCAUUCUCAUACUCCGGUGGGACGACUGCUCGACACGACCGGUGAGAGUGGCGGCGCAGGACCGACGGCUUUACGUGCUCUCCGAGACACGGGGG